GGGCCGAGAGGCCUUCAGGAGGAGCCUGCUGUGCGGCGGAGCUCCACAGGCCAGACAGAGGGCGGCAGAGCGACAGCGGCCCGCCCCCUGCCCGACAGGGCCCGCCCCUCCGCUCCCGUCGUGCCCCGCGGCGGCCGGAAGCAGCGCAGGGGUCAGCGCGCGGGGGCCGCACCGGGGACCUGGAGGCAGCGCCGGCGGUUCUGAGCUGGGCGGAUGGCGGAGUCGGGGCCGCCGGGGGGCGCCCCGAGCCGGCACGAGAAGAGCCUGGGGCUGCUCACCACCAAGUUCGUGUCGCUGCUGCAGGAGGCCAAGGACGGUGUGCUCGACCUCAAGCUGGCAGCAGAUACCUUGGCGGUACGGCAAAAGAGACGCAUCUACGACAUCACAAAUGUCCUGGAGGGCAUUGGUCUGAUUGAGAAGAAGUCCAAGAAUAGUAUUCAGUGGAAGGGUGUAGGCCCUGGCUGCAACACUCGCGAGAUUGCCCACAAGCUGAUAGAGCUGAAGGCGGAGAUUGAAGAUCUGGAGCAGCGGGAACGAGAGCUGGAGCAGCAGAAGAUGUGGGUGCAGCAGAGCAUCAAAAAUGUUACCGAUGAUGUGCAAAACAGCCGGGUAGCUUAUGUGACCGAUGAGGACCUCUGUAAAUGCUUCCCAGGCAACACGCUACUAGCCAUUCGAGCUCCGUCGGGUACCCAGUUAGAGGUUCCUGUUCCAGAGGGCUUGAAUGGACAGAAGAAAUACCAGAUCCACCUGAAAAGCACAAGUGGCCCAAUUGAUGUCCUGUUAGUCAAUAAGGAUGUCUGGAGCUCCCCUGCAGUGGUCCUCCCUGUCCCUCCCCCUGAAGACCUCAUUCAGUGCCAGCCAUUCACGCCCUCCAAGCUGCCGAGACCACCGGUCGCCCAUUCCCUGGAGGCAUCUGUUCCCAGCAGUACCCACCCCUCUGCGCCUGUGCCCAACAGCACUCAGGACCAGAGCCUCGCUGCACAGAAGACAGCCAGUACCACAGAAAGCGGCAUCUCAGUCGCUGAAUCUCACAGCAGUGGGGAGUUGGACCCGCUCAUCCCCUCCACGGUGCCAGCCUGCCUGCCUGCCGGGCUAGACACGCAACCCCUCCAGUCCUCCGCCUUGCUGGACAGCAGCUCCGUCCUGCCCAGUCCCUCCACCUCCUUUGAGCCCAUCAAGCCAGAGCCCACAGAAAUACUGGAGCUUCCCAAAGAACUUUCAGAGAUGUUCGAUCCCACAAGAGAAUGCAUGAAUUCUGAGCUGCUUGAAGAACUAAUGUCGUCGGAAGUCUUUGCUCCCUUGCUUCGUCUCUCUCCACCACCUGGAGACCAUGACUACAUCUACAACCUGGACGAGAGCGAAGGGGUCUGCGACCUUUUUGAUGUACCCAUCCUCAACCUCUGACUCCCGGCAUGGCAUCUGGACAGACUUUGGGACGCUGACUCUUUUUUUAAAAUGAAAAAAAGAAAAGAACUGUCUUUGAGGAACCUCUAUUUUUGGAUCCUUUUCUGCUAGUGCUUGAUGACUCACUGAGCUUCUACAGCCUGGACUUCAGACUAACAGGGAUGGACUUCGGGACCUUGGCUUCCUCCUUCCUAUGUUGCACAGGCAGAGUCUCUGGUUUACCUCGUUCCAUCAUCGCUGUCCUUUCACUGGAUCCCCAGCCUCCUUCCCAGGGGCCUCCUUUGAAUCUUCCUGAGCAGCAGACGAGCUUCCUCAGGUCCACACGCCUCUUCUGGCUUUCCUGCACUCUUGGAGGCACUUUGCAUCUUCUGUGUAAGGAACAAGAAGGCCGAAUCGUGGCCUGGUGUUUAGGGGGAAGCACGUGCUGGCUUGUCUCCUCCCUUGGCUGUCCUAGUUCAGAUGGCUCUUAGGCAAUGAUACAUUUUGGUAUGGGGGAGUGCGGGGGUGCUGCUGCAGAUCUCCAUGACGUGUCUGCGGAAAGUGUGCAGGAGCUGCUCUUUUGCAUUUCAGUCCCUUCCUUUCCCUUGAGGCACAACCAUCACAUAGGCAUGUGAGCCAGAUGACUUUUAGUUCCUCUCGAUAGGUGGGGGGGGGGGGAGGGUGCCGGUUUUGCACAGUCACUUUCCUCCGAGGAGUCCUAAUUGAGAAAUGGAUUGCUCCCAACUGCAGCUGUGUUUGGAUCGUCAAGGGAAGGCACUCCAAAACUCUGCAGCAGGAGCCUGCGAGGGUUUAGAAAACCAACCAGCCAGUAAUUAACGUGACACACGGAGUCAGGCUGGCAUCUUCAGCUGCUUGCUGUGUAGAUGUUAGGCGUUGAGCCUUCUGGGGCCCUGGGAGUUUGGACUGCAGAGCUGCCAUGCAGAACUAGGUUUCCUCUUGCCAAGUAGCAGCCUGUUUUGCUGCAAUUCUCAAGUGUUGUUGUAACGGACUACAUCAUCUGAGGACCUGUGUUCCCUGAAACAGGUAUUCCCAGAUGUUGAAACUACGACUCCCAUCAUCCCCAGCAGCAAUGGCCUUUGGCUGGGGAUUAUGGGAGUUAUAGUCAACAACAUCUGGGAAACCAUUACAGGGAACACCGCUGGGGACCCACACAUGAGAACCACGGCCAUCUUUGGGUUGCGGUCUGAUCUGUGCGGCUCAUCUCAUCCGCCCAAGUUUUCUCCCCACCCUCUGUUGUACAGCACCGUUGGGGAUUUUUUUUUGCAUGUACGUGUGUUGUUUUUUGGUUCUCAUCCCUGAUUUGAGAGAAUUCCCCCAGCACGCCUCCUUUGCACUUCUUAAAACUUCUCUCUUAGCAGCUGAACCAUCCAUUGCUCUCCCGUCUAUGUUGGUGUCUUGUGAACCCAAUGUCAGGGCCGCCCCAGUUCCAGGGCUGUCCUUUCGUAGGGUGAAUUGGAGACGCUCACACUCCCUCGGCCUGCAGCCUGUUGACUAGCUGGGGGGCUUGCUUUCCCUCACCUAGUGAGCCGGCUGCACGUUGGGCUCCCGGAGCCUGAUGAAGGUGCCUAGCGAAGGAGGCGGGAUGGCUGCGCCCCUCCACACGGGGGACAUGGCUGGGGUCCCCCCCCCCACGCUUCCGUUUGCUCUGGGCCCGCCUGCCCCCCACAGGGCGGCCCUGCCGAGACUGAGCUCUCUGGCCCUCCGCUUUGCACAUUUCUCGGCCACGGGCGGCUCUGCUGACAAGGAGAGCUUGCAGGCGUUUUAUCUGUCGCGGCCAUCUUGCUUCCUAACCCCAGACCUGCUGCUUGAGUGAGAGUCCAGUUUCAGUGCGACUCAGUGAGAAAUAAGUAGGUUUAAGAUCUCAGAUGGGUUCAAAGGCACUGUUAGGUCAGAGGGCCAAACUAGCUCCUCAUUCUGGUGUGCUUGUUUCCCCCCUCCCCUGAAAAUAGCAUGUGGGGAGGGGAGUUUAACCCUGUCCCUCUGCUAUGGUCCUGAUCCAGCUCCUCCCAUGCCCCAUGUGCGCUGUUUGCUCCGGGGGUGGUGGUGAGAGCUUCCUGUAGCUCCAGUGGGAACUUCCCCUCCAGGGUAAUUAUCACGUGUGGGAUCUGGAUUGGGCCCUUUGUGUAUUCGAUAUGGGGAGCAGAAAGUGUGCACGUCAAGGCCAAGGAUGUGAUUAAAUCCACCCAUCUCCUUUGGCCCUAAGCCUCCUGCAUAACCAAGGACAUCAUAGCCUCCCUUGUGGUAGUGCUGGCCAGUAAGAACUCGUUGGAGCUGGCCCCAUCUCGCUUCCUGAGAGCAGCCAAGGUAUGUGCUCCAGUCUUUUGUGACUUCAGGUGGAAUGUGAAGUCUGCAAUUGUUUGGUGUCCUUCCCCAAUGGAAGCUCCUGUAUCUGCCUCCAGAUAGUUAACCUGCAUGGCCAGAAUUCUAGUGCCCCCCCGAAGCCCCCGCAAUCUGGGCUUCCACAUCCACUCCUUUGUUUCCAGAGGUUCCCUGGUCUCUGUGUGUUGUCGAAGUGCUCUGUUAGCAGCUGACUCCUCGCUUUGCUGUCGGAUCUCUUGCCCUCUGUUAGAUGACGUCUGGAAAAGAUAGGUAGAGGAAAUGUACAAUGAGAAAAAUGAAUUUUGAUUCGUAUAUAAAGAUUAUUUUUUUACUUUUUUUGCAGCAAGAGACUUGCCUGUAAUAUUUGUACAGUGUUUUUUGAGUGAAUAAACAGAACCUUUCGAAAGGUUGGAACAAGUCA